AUGAAUAGUGUGGGGGAGGAAUGCACUGACAUGAAGCGUGAGUAUGACCAGUGCUUCAACCGGUGGUUCGCGGAGAAGUUUCUUAAAGGGGAAGGCAGCGGGGACCCGUGUAACGAGCUGUUCCAGCGGUACAGGCACUGUGUUCAGAAAGCGAUCAAGGACAAGGAGAUCCCGGUAGACGGAAUAGAGUUCAUGGGACCGAACAAAGACAAACCGCAAUCUAACGACGGCUCGUGACGGCCCUGCUAGCGGCCCCGACCUCUCACUACUGCUCCUGGUAUGGACGGACGUGUAAGACAUGGGUAUAGGACUGCCCUGUGCCCGGGACACACAUGAGGACUGGCUGUGCCCCUUCAUCUCCUCAUGCCCUCAGGGUAGGCUGCCCUUUGUCAGGAUGGCCACUGUCUCCAUGGUGACCGCUCUUUAUUUCUGGGGGUGAUGGAGUUUUGUAUGCUUUCCUGUAUAGAGAAAUAAAUGGCUUCUAUCUG